CAUGGACUGUUAAGCCCCAGUCAAGGAACCUUACGUUAGAGAGGCUUAAAACUGGGAGCUUGGGAGAACACAUACAUAAAGUACACAGUCUGGAACUGAAUCCAAGAUCACCCUAGCACCUGCAAUCCAGAGUAAUGGGCAAACGGCAGCACGGAAUCUAGAUGUCAGCAACAAUGACGACAAGAGCUAGAAAUAGCUAGGUCUACGGGUUUGGCUCUCAGCAGACCAAAGCAAGCUACAUGCUUUCUCUUGAAUCCCAGGAACAAGGCUAAAGUUAAUUCGUGAGGAAACACAGAGGGAGCCAAGCGUUGCUACACGCGGAGGGCCUGUCUUAACCCUUCCUCGUUUCUAUUUUCAGUCAUUAGGCUGUAGGACUGGGCCAACAUUUAAGCUUUGGCUGUACAGUUACCAGGGUGGGGCCUGCUUCCUGGUAGGUGGACAAUCCCUGCUGUGGUCAUCACCCGUUGGAAGGAGCCGGGAUUUAGGAUGGUGUUGACCUAGGUGUAGCAGGCUGGAUACUGGAGGGGGAAAGCUGCAGGAGACGACGAGGUUUUUUUUGUUUGUUUUUGUCUUUUGGUGUUUUGUUUUGUUUUGUUUUUUGCACAUUCACUGCCUACGCCGGGUAUGGCACAGGGUACCGCUAAGGGCUGAGUCAGUUGCGAACCGCCCACUCGGGGUCCCUCGGCGGCCCAGGACGCGCAGCCGCUAGAAGUCCCGCCGAGGCCGCCGGAAGCGGUCCGUUGCCAUAAAGCGCUCCCCAGCCCUACUCCUUCCGGGCCAGAGGGAACCAUGGCGGCGGCUUUAGCGCGGCUCGGACUGCGGCCGGUCAAGCUGGUUCGAGUUCAGUUCUGCCCGUUUGAGAAGAACGUGGAGGCGACGAGGACCUUUCUCCAGGCGGUGAGCAGCGAAAAAGUCCGUGCCACGAACCUCAACUGUUCGGUGAUCGCCGACGUGAGGCACGACGGCUCCGAGCCCUGCGUGGACGUGUUGUUCGGAGAUGGGUAUCGGCUGAUCAUGCGGGGCGCCCACCUCACCGCUCAGGAAAUGUUCACGGCCUUGGCCUCCCACAUCCGGGUCAGGAACGCCGCGGCAGCCGCGGCAGCCUCCGCAUCCAGCGCAGACAAGCCCGGCCCCGUUACUGGUACCCGGCGCUGACAUUGCUUAAGAGUCCAAACACCCGAAUGUUAGCUUGGAACUAAAGACAGUUGUCUGAGAACUGGGCUUAAUCACUCACAACGCUCUGUGGACUUCAAGGAAACCUGACACUUACCAGUGCUUUGGGGGCAAGAUGAGUAAGAUUAGGGGGUGGAGGGUCAGGACAGAUUUGAAUUUUUCUUUCUCCUCUUCCCUCACUGCUUAACCAUGUUUGAGUGUGUCUUCAUCUGUCACCCAAGUACUUUUUAAUUAAAUAUUUAUUGCCAAAUGAAUGUU